CGGGGAUACUCCUCUCCCGGCUCUUUUUUCGGUAUAAAAGAUCGAAAUGGCCACCGAGCUGGCAGUUCACAUACAAGCUCCCAUCAAGCUGAGAACAUGAGGAUCUUCCUGCUCACAGUGACACUCCUGGUUGCGUCGGCGGCUGCUGCCCCGGGCACCAAGUCGAAGCGCGACAUCCUGAAGGGUGACUCGCGUUACGGUACCGAGUACCACCUGAAGCAUCUCCACGUUCACGGAUCCUCCGGUUCCGGAGAUCAGAGCCAGUACCUGCCACCCGCGCAGCCCAGCAACCAGUACCUCCAGCCCGUCGACAAGCAGGUCGAGACUCAGCAGACCUUCGAAUUGCCCUCCACCUCUUAUGGAGUGCCUUUCAACAGCCAGGAAGCUCAGGCUGCACCUGCCCCGCAAGUCCACUCCGUGAGCAGCCAGUACCUUGCCCCAGUUGCCGCUCAGGCUCCAGUUACCUCUUACGGAACACCCAUUGUCAAGGAGGCCGAGAUCGUCCAGCAAGUCCAGCAAAUCGAGCAACACCAGGCUCACGCUGAGCACCACGCUGCCCCAGGAGCCCGCGUGCCCCACAUCAGCUACGGUGUCCCAGCCCAUCAGACCCAGCAACAGGUUCACCACCAGGUGCAACAGCAGCACCACCACCAGGUUCACCAGCCCGCCCCGGUUCCCCACAACACCUACGGACCCCCUGCCCAGGUUCACCACCAGAUCCAACACGUUCACCAGCCCGCUCCAGUUCCCCACCAGAGCUACGGACCCCCUGCCCAGCAGGUCUACCAGCCAGCUCCCCAGGUGCAACACGUCCACCAGCCCGCUCCUCAGGUUCACCAGCCUGCCCCAGUCUAUGGUGCCCCAGUCCAGCAACAGCACCACGAGGUCCACCACGAGGUGCAACAGGUCUACCAGCCCGCUCCCCAGGUUCACCAGCCUGCCCCAGUCUACGGUGCCCCAGCCCAGCAACAUCACCAUCAGGUUCACCACCAGGUUCACCACCAGGUCCAGCAACAGCAGCAGCAGCACCACCACCACCAGGUCCAACAGCAGGCCAGCAACGGAGGCUACGGCUACCCAGCCCCGGCCCAGCGCCUGGUCUUCGAGGCCCCGAUCCAGUCCGUCGAGCUCUCCCAGAGCCACUCGGUCGAGGCCAUCCCCGAGCACCACCACCAGGAAUCCAUCAGCAUCGAGUCCGUGAGGAACUCUGCCCAGCAGUCCAGCCACGGCUACCAGCAACAGCAGACCGACUCCAACGGAGGAUACGUCUACUAAGAACAGCCAAUGAAGCGAUAUGCAACACAAGUGCGUGCGUGUGUGUGUGUGAAUGAAUGAGAGUACAAAAUGUGCGACUGUCUUGACGUUUUUCAAUGCAAUAGAGUAAAAUCAUCGUUGAUUUACGAGUGACCUAUAUAUACGCGAUUAUGAAUAAUGUACACACUGUAUAACAAUCAAAAAAAAACGUCAGUGUUUUCCCCCAAGGGUGUGACGUUCAAGAGGGUUGUCGUGCAAUCCUCGUCCCCCGAUGGACAGCAGGAAAACGAAAAGGACUACUUUUUUUUUACGUAAAUAAAAUUCUUUUAUUAAAAAAAAUCAA